AUGGCACAACAAAAUCAUCAUGGCUGUGUAGUAUCAGCUCCCCAUCAGAAGAAACCAACAACGUCCCCAUACUCAUCAACCUUUUCUAAUGCCUCACCAGAACUAGCAUCCCUGGAAUCUACCCCGAGAAGGGUAGAACUUGACUGGGAGAUCCUCAACAACCCUUCCUACCUCGACGAUUACGAUUUUGAUGGCGACUUCACUCUCUUCCCUGUGGAUACCCCCAUGGACACAUAUGACGGUAUGGACUUCUUCCCGCAGCUAGACAAUAUUCCAAAUACUACGGAGUUAUCAUUCUCAGACUCCCGUCAUCAAUGUGGGUUUUGCUCAACGGGCUUCGAGAAGAGACACGAACUCAAUCGCCAUCUGCUCAAACACACAAAACCCUAUGCCUGUACUGUUCCAGGUUGUGACGCCUCAUUUGCAGAGAAGCGUGGGUGCGACCGCCACAUGAAAUCUCGCCAUAGCGCGAAGGACUCUAUUAAAUGUCGCUUCUGCAAAUACUCAUCAACCCGAGCAGAUGCUGUCCAAAGGCAUUUGAGGACUCAACACGGCGUCCUGGUAAGGUUCAACCUGGGAAAAUCCCCAGCUACAACGUGA